CUAGGGGGAAGUUGUGGGAAAGAGAGGCUGUAAUGCAAUGACUGCGCGGGGGCGCCCAGGAGCCUCUACCCUAACAGCCGAAAAUGCUCCCACAACUCUCGGCCCAGCCUGUAAUGAUUCCGUGACAGCUCAUCACCUUACCGUAAUGCCUCCCUCGCCCCACCCCCCCAACGCAGCUAGCUCGCUUGUGCGCAGGCGCAAGAACGGUUUUCUCCCCGCGGCGCCCUCGGGCUCUCACAUUCCUCGGGCGACUCCUGAGAUGGUUUCCAGUGCCUUGUAAACACCUUCACGAUGAGCAUCCCCAAAAUUGGCCCAGAUCUACCAUGCGGCUCUCCGUCAGAACAUUCUGUCCAGCGUUCCUACGCUUCUUCUCACUCCUCCCAGUGCGUCGUUGGUCACGUUCAACCUGUCGUCGUGGUUCACGGCGGAGGAGCUGGCUCCAUCUCAAAAGAACGAUCAGAAAGAGUACGGAACGGAGUUACCAAAGCUGCCCUGACGGCCUACAGCAUCCUUAAAGAUGGUGGCAGUGCCAUCGAUGCUGUCGAAGGGGCUGUGGUUGUCCUGGAAGAUGAUCCCGAAUUUAACGCAGGUCGUGGCUCUGUCUUGAAUGAAGACGGUCAAGUUGAAAUGGAUGCUAGCAUCAUGGAUGGAAGCAAUCUGAACUCUGGAGCCGUAUCUGCAGUUCAGGGUGUUGCAAAUCCCAUCAGACUUGCCCGUCUUGUUAUGGAGAAGACAAAUCACUCAUUCCUGACUGAUAGAGGCGCGAACCAAUUUGCUAAGGUCAUGGGGAUCCCAGAGACUCCUCUCGAAAAAUUAAUAACGGAACGAAACGUAAAACGUCUGAAAAAAGAAAAGAAUGAAAAAAAUCCUUGCCUGACAGAUGCUGACAAAAACACUGGAACAGUGGGUGCUGUGGCACUCGACAAAAACGGAAACCUGGCUUAUGCAACAUCAACAGGAGGGACCAUCAAUAAGAUGACUGGCCGUGUGGGGGACUCACCCUGUGUAGGUUCUGGGGGCUAUGCUGAUAAUGAGAUCGGGGCUGUUUCUACCACUGGGCAUGGAGAGAGCAUCAUCAAGGUGAACCUUGCCAGAUUGGCCAUCUUCCACCUGGAACAAGGAAAGAAUCCACAAGAGGCUGCUGAUGCCGCCUUGUGUUACAUGAAGACAAGGGUCAAAGGUUUAGGCGGCCUCAUUCUGAUUGAUAGAUCAGGAGAGUGGGCCGCAAGGUGGACCUCGAUCUCCAUGCCCUGGGCCGCAGUAAAGGAGGAGAAGCUUCAGUAUGGCAUUAUCCCUGGGGUGGUCCAUGUGUCUGACAUGAUCAAAAAGAACUUAAACCCAUGUGUCUAACCACCAAGAGCUGGGUUGGGCAGAGAGGCUGAAUAAAGUGGGCUGGUCUCCAGCCUAGGGAAUGGCAACAUUCGGGAGAAAUUUACCUUACUCUAUUAGAUCUCCAUUGGAGAAAUCAUGCACCUGCCACACUUGAUUUGUUUCCCUGGUCCAAACAUAUCCCCAAAAUGUCUAUUUUGGCACAGUCUGAAAUAAAGGUCAAAAUGAGACUUGCCUCAAGACAUCAGAGAACGUAGUGGCAGCUGCUCUCUUGACUGAUUAUUUGGGUCUUGAAUUAGCACAAAGGCCCGAAGGUUUCUAUCAGAAGAGAAGACGAGCCUUUAGAGAGGGGCAAGUCCAUCGCUUUUACAAAAGCCCUGGUGGCCCUCCGAGGCAGUUCAGUUUGGCGGGCCUGAAGAGGCUGAGAAAGACAGGCAUGAUUUUUGUUACUGUGGAACAGACACCGACUAGUGCCAUCCAGCCAGGGCCGUGUGUAGCAAAGGAGGCAGCUGUAAACACAAAUGGGGACCGAGGCUCUGGCCGUCCAAGGACCCAGACCCUUCGUCCUGCUGCAGUUCACAUACGCAAGUAAAGAACUGGCCGUAGGGGUUGGGCCGCUUGGGUUCUUGUUGGUAGAGAAGCUCAAGGAGGCAGGUAGUUUUGUGACUUUCCUGUGAGCAGAUGCUUUAGAAGAAGGUGGACAGAGAAAGAGGCCUGGAGAUGGGAGGUCCUGGGUUCAAGUAGGACCCCGGGCAAGUCACUCGGUCUCAGUUGGCCAGCUCUUACUGCUCUAAUGCCUUGGAGCCAGUCCUUGGGAUCGAUUCCAAGGCAGAAGGUAAGGGUUGGGUUUUUGAAACAAGUUGGAACUUCACAAAAUCGACAAGGCAGAAUGGAGUCACUCACUGGAUUUUGAAUGUAACAUGCUCCUCUUUGGUCCUGGGGUCCUCUGCCUCCAGGAUCAUCUGGGGCUUGUCUGUUGGAGAUCUCAGGGCAGAAGGACAGUGUACCUUAGGGGGCAUCAAAGGGUAGGACGAGAGGCGCAGAGUCCGAUAUAAUCUCACAUGUCCACUAAGGCACAGAUCAAAGUACACCCACUAAUCUACAUGUCACCAAGGUAACCGAGAAAACCAACUCCAGGGGCAAAAGCCAAAGCAAUACAACAAUGGUCCUCCCUAAGAAAGCGUAUCCUGGUAGCCCGGCCCAGCAUCCAUUGAAUGGGUGCAUCUCAUCUAGUCCCUUGGACAUUCUCUCUGCUUCCAAGUCACUUGCAGAGAUUCCUAGGCAAUAAUGCUCACAUCACAAGAUGCAAGCUAUAAGAAAAAUGUCAAUUGGGGAACCCAUGACGCCCCUGAGACUUCACAGAACUUCUGGUCUUCUGGACCACUCGCUGUGUCUGUCUUUGAAGCCUGUACCUGAUACAGACACUGCUUUCAGCAGGCUGACAGAAGACUCUCAGAGAUCCAAGAGGCUCUGACUUCCGCUGCUCUGCAGCCCCCUAAGCCAGAGGGGCUUCAAUGCCUGGAGCAGAAGACUCCUGGCGAGAGGCUGCCCCAGCCACCUCUGCCACCGCCUGCUGGAAGCUGGAGCCUGGGCCAGGACUGGCAAGUUGCUUUUGCAUCAGGCAGAUUUACUACUAGUUCUUGGCAGGGGGGAGUCUUAUCCUAUUGCUUUCUCGAUUUUGACUUCAGUUCUUUAGAAACAUUCAUUUACAUUUUUGCCUCAUUCCCCCCUUUUGAAGAUAUCUCUAGAUCACCCCCCAAAGAUAACUUUUAAGGACUUGAUCUUGGGCAUAAAUAUUUAUUAGCUAGCGGAUGGCAAGCCUAAGAACUCGUUCACUUGCUUAGAAUAUGGAAUUGACUACAAAUUCAAAUAGUAAAAUCUUUGAUGCUUGCAUCCCGGUUUAGUAUUCAUCUAAUAGAUUUAGUAUUGCAAUGACAAAAACUGUCAUCGUUUCCCUGCCAAUUUUAGAAACUAGCUGCUAUGGAAGGGAAAGGAGGGCCAUGCUCUUGCAGUAUCAAGACUGUCCUAACCUAAGCCAGACCAGGGGGAACUCCUUUAGCUCUGUUGGAUUUACAGCCACGUUGGACAUUCCCCACAGGGUAUCUAUCGAUAGCCAGGUCAGAGUGCCAGCCUGCCGCUCCAUUUCAUGCACAUUGAAAAACAUUCAACUCACAAUUGGAAAGUUCACUGUAGGAAAAAUGGCAUGUCAGUCACAAAUUUAGGCUCUAGUUUAUAAUGCCUUGAAUUUCCGCAGCCUGGAGAAAAGAUGGCCUCCCUUAUCUCUGCCAUCUCCGACUUGGUCAAGGUUAGAAAUGCAAAGAGAAACUAUCUUCAGAAAAAGGUUUUACUAUUUACACUCUUUUUCCUUUGGCUGAUCAGCUCACAAGAAGUUACCAAAACACAAAACAAUACAAGAGAGGCAUGUAGAAGCACCUGCUGGUUAAGUUUUACCUUGUCUGCCAUUGAAAGUCAAUCAAAAAAUUCUAAGAGCACUCUCAAAUCCCUUAAUUUGCAGUCAUUGGAAGUCCCUUCAAGUCAAAUCUGGAACCCAUUGAGAUUCUUGAAUAUCUUAGACCAGUCCUAGCAUAAUUUGAGAGCUCUAUUCUUAGCCCCUUCUGGAUGGGAAUUUUUCCCAUAUCCCAGGCUAAUAAGAAUUUCCCUAAGGGGUUGUCCUUUGGCUUAUUAGAGGAGGUGGCUAUCUGGGUGUGAUUUAGGAGGACGUGGAGGUCCAGGAAUGGGCAGUCUUUCACCAAGGAAAUUCUUUGGUAGAAAUAUCACCAGAAUGCCCUAGAGUCAUGAUGGUGAACCUAUGGUGCACAUGCCAGAGGGGGCACUCGGAGCUCUAUCAGUGGGCACACCUGCCAUUGCCCCAGCACAGAGUUCACCAGAGUUCAUUACUAGAAAGCCAGAGGGACACAGGGCUGAGCUGCUCCCCUCCCCCUCUCCAUGGGCACCAGAGGACAUCACUGCCCUAAGAGUGUUCCUUUAGCUGAGGUCCUAGAGUCACACUAAAACAGUCUCAGUCCCUUCAUAGUUGCCAUAGCUAUUAUAAUGGAAUUAAGACAUGGAGUAGUUAAUGUUCAGACUAUUGAGCAAUGUAGGCAGUUGCAGAAACAAAUUGGGCCCAAGGCUCACAGUGUGUGACCCAGAACCUUGGUUUCUAUGCAUUGAGUAUACAAUUAAAAGAGUAAAAGAUAGUGUAGGGAUUAAGCCACUUUGUUCCUUGUUGCUAGAUUGAGCAUCAGGAGGCACUGAGGUGCGGAGGUCUUGUGGCCUUAAUGUUAUCAGGUGCCCUAAAAGAAUUUAGAACUUCACAGCUUCACAAAAUGGCGUAUGAAGGCAAAAUGGAGUGAUUUGUGCUAUUUUCAAAGGAACAUUUUAGAACAUUUUAGAAAACAAGGCAGAUAGGAAAAGGAGAAGUCGUCAACUUCAAGGUAAGAAAGGCCCCAAGACGAGAAAUCCCAUUCCCUGCUAUUUCUGCUCUUGUCUGAGAGGUCCCAACUCUAGGCAUGGUCCCAGCUGCAUCCCUCUCGGUCUCUCAAGGCUGCUCAAGGCUCCUGAACUAUUGACAGGCUUCCCCAGGCUAGGGGAAGGGCGCGUUCCAGCCUACUUCGCAGCGAAAACAACUGUAAUGUGAAGUCCAGCCCUGUCGUCGGCUUUGCCACGUUGGGAGAGGGCUUGAGCACCAGCCGCCUCUGCCUGAGACUCCUGAGAGCAGGCGCCCCGGGCAGCUGGAGUUGUUUGGUCCCCACAUCAAGGAUUUUGAGCUGGGCCUCUUUCUCCCUCCGCCUGAACAUCUGAACACCUUUUGGACGUUUCAGAGGGCGAAGGAGAAACUGUUCCUCAUAUUGCCCUUCCCUGGAAAUAACAUUCUACUGUAAAAUUCUGCUGAUGGGAGGCUCCCUCCUUAGUCUGUACUGACUCUUAAUUGUUUGACAUCCUUUAGGCACGGCCCCCAAUAAAAGUGUAUUUUAAAAGAA